AUGAGCUCGAUCAAGCACGCACUGCUCGUUCUUCUUGUGCUUGUGGCGCUAGCAAGCGGACACAGCAGCCCAAGAGCCGACACUGCACCCAAUAAUAAAGUAGACAAUGAUCCGGACCAUCAGCUUAUCGAUUCAGUGACUUCUCAAGACGCGAAGGCGGUGCAAGAGGACGAAGUCAACGACGUCCAAACUGUUAUAGCGACCGAGACGAAACUUUCGUCCCGUAUACAGCAAAUUACCGAGCCAGAGGAGCCAAAAGCCGACAAAAAGAUCGCAGACGAUGACGUGGACCAUCCUCUGGACCUGCCCAGUGGUCUCUUUGAAGUCGUAGACGCUGACAGUGUCGACACGCGCACGCGCCAGAAUUACGCGUCACUGGACGCUGGAGCAACGAUUCUGGACGCUGCACCAGAUACAAAAAGUCCUACGAAUGUACUGGUACCAGAUAAGGACCGGUACAUGCUGACGCCGUGCUCGAAUGCACGUAAAUGGGUCGUUAUCAGCCUUUCUGAGGAUGUGCACGCAGACGCUAUUGCAGUUGCCAAUUAUGAAAAGUUCUCGUCGCCCGUGAAGGAGUUUAUUGUGCUGGGCAGUGUCAAUUACCCGACUGAUACGUGGCUCGUUCUGGGCAACUUUACAGCUGAACAUUCAAAUGGAGAACAGAUUUUUCAGCUUGACGCGCAGCAGCAUGUGCGGUAUAUCAAGUUUCGCAUCCUAUCGCAUUAUGGAUCGGAGUACUACUGCACAUUAAGCCAGCUGCGGGUAUUUGGUCGGACAUUUACGCAAGUAAUCUCGGAGCUGGAAAGGAGUAUUGACGCAGAAGUCGAAGCUUUGGAUGCGCACGAGGCAAGUGCAGCACCACAACUGCCUGCUUUACCUGCCAGCACUGAAGUCUACGUCCCUCGUAUCUCAGAUCCGACGGAGCUCAUGAGCCAGUGCUUGAUGGAAAAGAAUAACACUGUCGUUGCUGUAUUCUAUGAUAAGUCUCAGCAGAUGGAGCACUACCGUAGUCAUGGAAUGUGUUGUCUCGUCGACUAUACUCCAGAGCUGAUUGAAGCUGGAGCUGCUGCUAGUUUGAAUGCUGAUGAGCAUUUGCUUACUAUAAGCCACGACCCCACCGUUUCCGACAUUGUCGAUGACGGCAGAGUUCCCGUUGCUGGCCCUGAUUCCAGCACAAAAAACGAGUCGAAUGUCUCGGUGACUCACGAUUCUGAUAUUGACGCCAGUACGACUAAUGGUGGAGCCUCAUUGCUGUCCGCUACUCACAGUACUGCGGUAUCAUCGACACAAAGCCUUGGUCGGCUAGAAAACAUCUUCGUGCGUAUCACUAAGAAGAUUCAAGCUUUGGAAGCAAAUCAAAGUGUCAUGGGAAAGCAACUUGAUGAAGUUCAUACGAAUCAGGGGGCAGCUAUAAAAAUGCUGCAGUCGAAUCAAGAAACGUUGAACGAGCAGUUAAAAGAGAUUCGUGCCACGAUUGUGAAUUUGAAUGAGUAUGUAGCAAAACAACUGUCGACGAACGAGCAGACCCUGUUGAAUUAUGAUCGAUUGCUUGAUGAAGCCCGGCGAGACAAUAGAGCUCUUUGGAAUGAAAUGCUUAUCGUACACGAGGUCAUCACGACCAUGAAGGCAGGCAUUUUUUGUGCCAUCGUUCUGUCUGGAUUCAUCAUUUCAUUCUACUUGCUUCGGCUCUUGUUUCGAUGCGUUUCCAAGUGUAAGGAGCGCGCGGACCUUCGAGAAUGGUUUUGGCGUAUGGAAAACCAUAAAAAUAGCGUGAACGAUUCCGUCAAGAAGUCAUCAGCACGCACCAUGUCUGCUGGAGCUUUGCGUGUGGAUCGGAAAGCGCACUUUGGCUCAUCGUGGGAUGAUUCAGCUAUCGAGCGGAAGACUCUUGUUAGCGACAUGGUAAGUGACAGCCAGCGAAAGUUUCGGCGACACCAUACCAAGAGAUUGAGUCAGGCGUCACUAGAUCUGAAGAGAUUGAAAUAG